AUGGCUCCGAAAGCCGCGUCACAAGUUACAUCCAUCUGGGUCCCGAUUCUUCUUUGUGCCGUCUUGAUUAUACUCCCGAUUUCUAUUUACAUGGGCUAUCUCUUCUACAAUCGACGGCCUCGUCGAGUGGAGGACAAGGAAGUUGCACGCCCAUCUCCUGAUGUUGACACCAAGUGGUCUGAGUCUUUUGAUAACCGGCGGCCUUCGACUAGUGGAUGGACAUUGAAUGUUCCGAAGUGGAACACACCAGUUGGUCCAUUGCGCCGCGGGUCUGAUGGUGGAUUCCCGCCGGGAACGCUCCAUAUCACAUUGCCAGAUCCUACACUUUCUGGCUCUGUUGAAUCUCUCGACCACAAAGCCCCUCCUCUUACUCCUGUACAUGUACGCCAUCCUACCCCUCCCCCUGCUGUACAUUUAGCCACACAACCAACUGAGCGCUACCACGCUCGCGCAAUCUGA